AUGGCGCGUCUCACUGACGACGUCGGAGACACUUUUGGAUAUCGUAACUUCCGCACAUUUUCCGUGGAUCUAUCCGGCCAUGAGACUCAGUUUGCUUCGUUGGCCGUGGAUGAGCUUGCUGAAAUGGUCGCUGCAGGUAGCUUGGACACAUUUGAGGCUCACGUCUGGGCUGUAAAGACAGGUCAACUCUUGACGACCUUAACGGGUGAGAACAAACCGAAUACUAGUUAA